AUGAAUUUGUUGUGGCGACUUCAACUUAUUGCCUCUCUGUGCGAUCAUGAUGAAAGUGUUUGGUCGGUUUCUUUUCAUCCACAAUAUAAACAUGUGUUGGCCACGUGUUCAUCGGAUAAGACGGUGAGGAUUUAUUAUGUACGGAGUGAGGCAGAAACAGGAACAAUAACAACGAAUGUAUUGUCUUCGUCGUCGUCAUACCCGGGUAUGAAUCACCAAAGCCUUUUAAAUACAUCAUCAAACUCGGGAGGAAAUUACAAGACCAUGAUCAAAUGUUUGGAUGUUUUGGAAAAUCAACAUAAUCGAACCAUCCGUCGGGUGGAUUGGUCUCAUCCCAAUGGAAAUGCUUUGGCUUGUGCAAGUUUUGAUGGAACGAGUUCUAUUUGGAUUUUGUUGAAAAACAAAAUCGUAUCACAUUUGAAUGCACUCGAUGAGGAAUUUGUCAAACAAUCUCCUCACAAUGAUGAUAAGAAGAAUGGUUCAUUCAGUCCUUUAAAACUAUUAAAAUGUGUCUCAACUUUGGAAGGACAUGAAAAUGAAGUGAAAUCGGUGGCAUGGAAUUUCAAAGACGUUUCUUCCUCUAAUUGGAGUGCUGAAAUGAAUGACGAUGAUGAAGAGAGUGAAUUUGGAGCUGACUGUGGACUGUUGGCAACCUGUGGUCGUGAUAAAACUGUUUGGGUUUGGGAAGCAAUUGAUAAGAUUGGAUUUUCAGAUUUUGACUGCAAUUCCGUGUGUAGUGGACAUACACAGGAUGUAAAAUUUGUAGCUUGGCAUCCAUUAACUCGAGAAAACAUGCCAUCUCUAUUGUUUAGCGCAUCCUACGAUAAUACAAUUCGUGUUUGGAAAGAAGGAGGAUUUAAUGAUGACCAUUCAAGUCACCAUGAUUUUUCACACUCUGGUGGAGCUGGAGGAGAUGAAUGGAAAUGUGUUGGAAUUUUGAGAGGUCACACCAGUACAGUUUGGGCUCUUGCUUUUGAACCACCAUUUGUACCCAGUUCUACAAUGAACAAUCAAACGACUGUUCGAUAUUCUACUGCCAGUAGUAGUAGUGGUACUACAAAUACUAUGACCUCAACUACUCCUCUGGAUUACCCACAAUUUAUGGUCAGUGUAGGUGAUGAUAAAUCAAUCAUUGUGUGGAGAGAGGAUGUGGUCGGAAAUUAUCUUGACAUGAAUAUGACAGCCAUUCAGACCAUUUCUGAUGUUCACACUCGAACGAUAUAUCAUGUCGAUUGGUGCGUGUAUGAGAAUCCAUACAGGCCUGGAGAAGCCAUUUCAUUGGUGGCCACUUCUGGUGGAGACAAUACCAUUGCCAUCUUUGAGUGGAAUAGAACUGAGCAAAAAUUGAAUUUAUUGACCAAGAUUGUGAAUGCUCAUGAUGCAGAUAUUAAUUGUAGCAUGUGGAAUAGGAAUGUUUUUGGAGAGUUGGCCUCCUGUUCGGAUGAUGGAGUUGUGAAAAUAUGGAAAUUAGAUUUGUGA